UGUCCGAUGUGAUGCCCAUCAGUCUCCGUCCGCCGCAGUCUGUAAAUGCGCUCGACAGAACGAAGCAGGCUUCCUCCGACCCAACCAUCCCAUGGAACCCGAGUCCGAACCUCCGCCGCCGCCACUAUCAGCGGAGCCGCCCUCAGAACCUGGCGCUGAGGAGGACGCGGAGGCGGAGGCCCGCCGCCUCAAGUCCCUGGCGGAGGAGAAGCUUCUCUCGUCGUCUCUCAAGUCCGCCCUCAAGUAUGCGAAGCGCGCCGCCCGGCUCGCUCCCGACCUCGACGGCGUCACCCAGAUGGUCACCGCCCUCAAGGUCCUCCGCGCCGACCCCUCCGACCACUACAAGGUCCUCCGCCUCCCACCCUUCUCCACUCCGGCCGCCGUCCGCAAGCAGUACAAGGCCCUCGCCCUCAUGCUCCACCCCGACAAGGCCGCCGCCCACCCCCUCCCCGCCGCCGAGGACGCCUUCAAGCGCGUCGCUGACUCCUUUCGCUUCCUCUCCGACCGCUCCCUCAAGCGCGACUUGGACCUCCGGCUCCGCCUCUCACUAUCGGCCGCCGCCUCUGCGGAGGGUGAGGCCCCGACCCCUCCCGUCACCUUCUGGACCGCCUGCACCACCUGCCGCCUCCUCCACGAGUUCGAUCGCAAGUACGUCGGUUACCGACUCGUGUGCCCUAGCUGCCGCAAGAGCUUCCUCGCCGUUGAGGUCCCUGCUGGAGACAAGCCGAGCGCCGCUCAUGAGAACGGAGCGAUGAAAGAUGAGGCCAGGGUUAGGGUAACUCGGUCGAGGUCCAGUUCCAGGCCUAGGAUCCCCCGGUUUCCGGCGCUGGUGGGGGAUAAGAAGAGGAAAACUAGGGUUUCGCCUUCCCCCGUUGCAAAGAUGCCCCGGCCGAGUGCGGAGAAGACUUUGGCGGAGAUACAGAUGGAGCUCAUCAAGGCGAAGGGAAAGGACAAGAGUAGGAACGGAGGGAAGGAGAAGGCUUUAGCUGCCGUGAAAAUGGAAGAAGACAAUGAUGUAAGCCUUAUGGCAGUGGAGGACUCCGAUUUCUAUGAUUUCGACAAGGACAGGACAGAGAAAAGCUUCAGAAUGGGGCAGAUUUGGGCUAUAUAUGAUGAUGAUGAUGGAAUGCCACGGCAUUAUGGACUAAUAGAUGAGGUGAUAUCAUUCAAUCCAUUCAGAAUGACAAUGAGCUGGUUAGACAUUCAGUGCAAUGGGGAUGAGGCUAUGGUGCUGGGGGAAAAGUCGGGGUUGCAUAUUUCGUGUGGGCGGUUCAAGGUGGGGAGGAAGGUUGACAUAGAUUCUGUGAACUGCUUCUCCCAUUACGUCAAUUGUGAGAGAGCUGCAAGGGAGCUUUAUAGGAUUUAUCCUAAUAAGGGUUCUGUAUGGGCUCUCUACGGUGAGCAGAAUGCAAGAGAGGAUGGAAGGCACUACGAUAUUGUUGUCUGCCUCACCAGUCACAGUGAGAUGUACGGGUUGAGCAUCGCAUAUCUUGAGAAGGUGGUAGGUUACAAGACAAUAUUUAAGAGGCAAGCAAUCGGUUGCCAUGCUAUUAAGUGGCUCAAGAAAGAUGAUAUGAGGUUGUUUUCACACCAAAUACCUGCUCGAAAACUUUCAGAGGCCCAGGGAUUAGACCUGCCAAGAGACUGCUGGGAGCUUGAUCCUGCUUCCCUUCCUCCUGAUUUGCUUAGAAUUGGUUGUGGUCGAUGAUUACUCAGCUUCUUGCUUCUAGGCCGUAUAAUGCUGCAAGAAUUGAUAUGAUCUAUGGGAACAUUGCUGAUCUCAUAUUGAGGUUUUCUUCUACCACCCCUGGUUCUACCAUGCUAGUUUAUUAAUAGGCCUUCAGUAGAUUUUUUUGUUUCUUUUGGAGCCAAAUGGGUGGAAUCUGUUCUUUAAUCAUUCUUCUUUGUUCUUCUUUAAGUGUUAAUCCCUUAUGCAAUUUUCUAGCUUGCUGUUUUGCUUCGCACACUAUUUACUAGUACAACUAAAAUAAAAUAAUUGCAGCUACAUGGUGUGAGUAUGCAACUGUUUUAAUACAGUUAACAACUUGUAGUCAUGUACUGAUGCCAUUAUCUGGGCAUAUUUCUCACUUUCAAUAUGAAGUAAAUUACAGGUCAAAGCAAGAUUAUACUUAAAUUAAAUUUUUUAGAUUACCUGAUUUUGCAAUCAUAUGAAGAACUGUCUUGCAAAGUAAAAUCUUCUAUCUUUUUUCCUCUGUGCAUGCAGAAUGACAUUUUGCAUAAUUUAGUGUAUUAUUCAUAAUGAGGAGCAAACACCUUUUGACUCAUUUUUGUCAGUUGUGAGACAGUGCUGCAACAGUUUUGUUUUAUGAGCUAUGGGGCAGCAUAUUGUCAAUGAUCCCACUUAAUAUAAUCCAAAAAAUAAGUUUGGAAGACUACUAAUGAUGUUUGUAUUUUCUGAUGCUUUGUCUUAUGCAACAAUUGGUACUUCAACUCAUAUUCUGCAGAGCUUGCUCAUGCUGGAAUUUCCUCAACCAUAUUGCAAACCUGCUCGUGGACAAGCGUCUGCUAAUAACUUAGCUGCUUAAAUCUACAGGGACCUCAAUUUCACCUGGAAUGGUAUGUACUGACUGGUAUUCACGGGUUUGGGCAAAUGCCAAGACUUCGACUAUCCCAUUUCAGCACUCCAGAUCCAAGAUGGGUUCCUGAUCGGUAACCCUGGCGAACUGGUCUUACCAUCCCUCUUCAGAUUGUGCAUCUCUCAGCAAUAUGCUUCUACCAAAAACCAUAAUUGUAGUCAUGAAUAUUCUAUAAUCAUGUAUGCCCCUUUGGGUAUGUUAGAUUGGUACAUUGAUCAUUUUCUCUUCUGAGCUUGGCAUUGCAUGUUCAUUACAGCAGCUGUUGAGCUCUCACAUACUCAAGUUGCUGUAUAACAGAUAUCACUACAGUGGAAAAUGUUCAGUGCUGCAUUUUGGUAAUUCCCAUGUGUGGUAACUGUAUUCAAUUGCCUGGUAACAAGCAUAUCCAGCAUUUUCAAGUAUUCACUUUUGUUAACUUUAUUCACUGGAACCAGAGAUAGAACUGCAUAUUCUUCCAUGAUGAAAUGUAAGGCUGGUUUAUUAUGUUAUUAGCUUGUCUGUCACAUUUAUUUGGAUCUGAUACGGAGAGACUUGGUAGAUUGUAAUUUAUAAUUUUCGCUCAUAAAAGAAGUAUGUCAGUCCUAUGGCUUAUUUAGUUGCAAAACAAUUUAUGUUGUGAAACAGCGACUAUUAUUAAAAAGGUUCAUUUUGAUCCAAAACUUGGGAGUCAUAACUUCUGUUCUGCUUUCAUUUCAUCCAUCCAUCAUUUCUUUAGAAGUUUUCUGAACUUUCAGAAGUGCAAUGACCAUGUCAUACCUAUUAACUGGAAUUUGGAAGCAUCUGUUGUCCACCAGUGAGAUGCUAUUUUCACAUUAGAACUCUAUAGCAGCAACAACUAAAAAGCUAGAUGUGGAUGUCUAUCCAUGGCUUCAAGAGUUAAUCCAGCUGUAGAUGCAACUGGUGGAUUGAGAUCUACAGAGCUGGUGCCACAUCCAGGUGAAUUGAAGUGUUGGUUUGGGCAAUGCAGUUGUAUCAACCCUUGGAGGGUUCGGGAACGAGGAACAGAUGAAGAAGUUAAAUAGUGAAGCUACUAUUUUGGCAACAGGCGCUGCAAAAUAUUUUGGUAAGCUUUGUCAUUUGAACGUGAAAAAUCAUUUAACUACCCUUCAGUCUGAAAACUUGUUGUUUUUGCAUUGAGGUUUCCAGAAGGAUAUCUUUUCUCAGGUCGACUAUAUAAAUCUAUCUCAUGACAAGUUAUAUAGAAUAUCUUGUUAAAAUCAUGUCAUGAGUUCUAUUGUUCCUUGUAAGAAUUGGAAUGCUAUGAGAUAAGUUCUUUAUUCAGUUCUAAGUUUUUAUCUAUUGCAUAAUACUGUUUCCUCUUAUCUCCGUGUUCAUACUUCAUAAUAAUGUCACUCUCUCUUAAUUUGUCACUGUAUGCUUCCACAUGUAUUCUGUGGAUGUAAUAUGCCAAGGCUGCUGCUUGCUGCUGAGAAUCCUACAAAGCCUCCGGGCUUUGAUCGUUGAUGUUGAUGUUACCCAUUCAGUGAUCGAUGCGCUUGCGGAUGACGAAUCAUUCUGCGUUUUAUGAUCAAGCAAAUCAAGGAAGCUGUGGCGAGGCCGUCAACUCUACCCAACUGAUCAUUAACUCUGCUAUGCUUGCUUAUGCUGCAAGAGUCAUGGUUGUUUAAAGCUCUGCAUUCUUCAGUUACCCAGAAUGAAAGAACGAGGACCUCUAUUCUGCAUACAUGGCUGCAUGGUAUGUGCCAUAUUUCUGGAUCUUUGGUCAAUACUUUGCAGCUUUAUGUUAUGUAAAUUUGUGUGACAGCUGAUAUAGAGAAAUUUGUGUGUAUCGGUUGAGAUGCAGUUUGUUUGUGCAUCUAAGUUGGAUUGAUGGGUGAAGACAAAUUUGUAGUAUCAUUUUUAGGAAAAAAAUAUAUCUCGACUUAGAUGAGAUUAGGUUA